UAUUAAAUUGACGUUGAUAAAACUAUUAAAAAAUGCAAGUCGAAGAAAAAUACCAAGAUUUAGAUACAACAAAGAUUGUUUGCGUGACGCAAAAUGAACUUCCUUGUCAACUUCAAGCGGUCUUGAAAAAUAUAGCUCGUGAAGAAGGUUACUUAAACUAUAAGAUUCUCAGCAGAUCUAUAUCCACAGAAGGUGGUAACUAUAUGGCUACACUAUAUGAAGUAGACCUAAAAGGUAGAACUAAAGAUGGAGAAAAAGAAACGAAUAUGUUUAUAAAACGUGUCAUAUCUCAAGAACAUAUCAAAAUAAUCGACGUAUCCGAUAUUUAUUCAAAGGAACUAUUUUUCUAUAACGAUCUAAGUAAACUAUUUAUUAAACUAGAAACAGAAGCUGGUGUACCUUUAGAAGAAAGAUAUAAAUCAGUAAAGUCUUACAAUGAAAGCGACACUGAGGCAAUUAUAAUGGAAAAUCUUAGCAAAGAAGGUUUUACUACAUUGUACAGAAUGAAUGUAAUGCCUUUAAAGUUUGCAGAGCUAUCCGUGCAACAGCUAGCAAAGUUUCAUGCCUUAAGCUUCAUAAUUGAAAGAAAAAGACCAGAAUAUUUCGAAAAGAAAAUUAAAAGUUUAAAACAUUCAAUACAUUACGGCGAAGAUUUUGUAGAAUUUUGCAAUAAUAUGUACAAAUUUUCAUCAACCCAACUCAGCAAUGAAAUAAAGGCUAAAAUAGAGAGUAAAGCAGAGGAAUAUAUGAAAAAUUACUUAACAGGUCAUAAAACUGAAGUAAAAUGCCUUUGCCAUGGUGAUUACAGAAUGAAUAACAUACUAGUGAAAAUAACGGAGGGAGAAAUAACAGAUGUGAUACCAGUCGAUUAUCAAUUAAUAUACUACGGGUCGCCAAUAGUAGAUUUCUUAUUCUUCAUAUUUGGUUCUACUGAUAAAGAAUUCCGAAGAAACCAUUUCAACCAUCUCAAGGAUAUGUACCACGAAACAAUGGAACAGUACCUUAAGUAUUUUGACAUCGACAUAAACAUGGUAUACCCAAGAAAGAAAUUCGAGAUGGAUUUCGAAGAUAAUUUAGUGUUUGGUUUAGAAUUUUAUUUGUAUGUUGCACCUAUUAUAUUUACUUUGGAAGAUGAUGUGCCAGAUUUUAACAAAGUUGAUUUAUCAGAAGUAAAGGUGAAGUUAGACAGCAGGUACUAUGAAAGACUGCAAGGAAUCGUUGAUGAUAUGAUAGAGUGGGGCAAAUUGUAA